AUGAUAUUAAAUUAUAGAAACUCUAUGAAAUGGAGCUGUAGUGACUAUCGCCAAAAUCUUGGGAUGAAGUUGAAAAAGCAUCCAUGUUUUUGGUCAUUGAUGGAAAGAUUUUAUUAUUUUGAAGAGGUACGGAUGAGGCUUUUUUGGGGGGACUAUAAUUACAGCAAUGAUGGUGAUCUUGCGAUUCCUUGUGACAGAUCAAUAAUUGUAAGUGUUUUGCGUAGUUUGAAAUUUCAAGGAUGGGCAAAAUGUAUACCUGAUUCAACUCCCUUGAAACGAAUAUAUGAGGAUGGAAGAUUCAAAGAUGAUGCAUAUGAUUUGUUAAGGUUCUUGAGGGUGGUAAAAUCUCAUUUGUGUGAAAAGAAAUCAAAUGAAGCAGCUUUGAAGUAUAUUAAUGUUGAUGAAAGUGAAGAUUAUUGCAGUAUUGAGUUUGUUGAAACUAUGGUGUCAGAGUGUUUUCCGGGCUUUCUGGUUGAAACCAUGGAAGGUGAUGAGGCUGAGCAAUUCUUCCAACCAACAAGGAGGACAAUGCUGAGAAUAUUUCUUUGA